GUGUUCUUGAACCUUGUGAAUAAGUCAUUGAUCACGAACAGAGCGUACGUUGAACCCCUUGCGAUCGAUACCUACUUAACGAUAAAACAGCAAGUUCAAGUCACUAUGACUACCGCAGGCCAAACAUUUGAAGCUCAAGGUAGUUGGAGCUACGACUCCACCUUCAUUUCGCUUUGUGGUACUGCUUAGAACACUUGUAGCUUACGUUUCGGGAAAGUGCAGUAUUGCUCUUGAUUGAUUAGGAGGUGAACCUUAUUCCCUCACUUUGGAAUUGAAGUGCCUAAAUUGUAGAGUGUAACGCUACAGCAACAACCAACACGAUGAGACUCACUGGGUCGCGAGCUUAUUAUAGAUCAACACCUCCAAAACUGCCUUCCGGGCUGGUUGAGUUAAUUGAAGGUUUAACAAGGGACGUGCUCAAAAAUAAUCCAACCGAUAUAUAUGGAUUUUGCGCCAAUCAUAUGCAUCAAUUGUUGGAGAUAAGAGAUGGGCCUACUCCAAAAAAACCACUAACGUUAGAGGAGAAAAUUGCCAGGGCCCAAGAAAAGGUAAGGCAAAGAGCAGAACAACGAUGGCAACAAUAUAGAAUGAACUUACGCCAGCAACAACUUGAACAAGGCUCCGAAACUAAACCUGCUUCUACAGAAGAUGAUGGUUCCUUAACAACCAGUUCACAAGAACCUACUGCAGUUAACCUACUGGUCAAUACUAAUAGCGAAAUGAUUGGCGCUCAGGUUUUAGAGACUGAUCCCUCACCAGUCGAAGAUUCCUCUAACCAAAACAGGGAUGAGGUAAAGGAAAAACCUGAUAAUUUAAAUAAAGAUACCGAAGACGAGCCUGUUAGAGUUCAUGUAACGGAAUCGAUGAAUGAAGCUGGUUGUAAAACACCUGAAAACUGUCCUACAGAUUCCACACCUAAGAAUGACGAAGUUGGACGUGAUGCGCGCGAUGAUAACGUAGAUAAAACAGCUGCAACAAUACAAAUUGGUGAAGAUUUGGGUGAGGGAAAAAUUAUAAAAAGUGAGGAAGAUUUGCGAGAAAGUCAGGAAUUGGUCACGGCUACGAAUUUGCAAGAGCCCGAUAUUGAAACCGUUAUUCAGCAGCAUUCUAGUCCCAUUCAUUCCUUAAUUAUGAAUCAAGGAUCAGUGCUUCUCGAAUGUGGAGAUAAAAUUAUUGAUGAUUCAAUUGUAAUAAAUCCCGGAAAGUCUUCUGAUAACAAAUUACUUGAAGAAAUUUUGCCUACACCAAUGGUCGAUGUCCCUGCAAAGACUACUGAACCACAAACUGACCAAGUUUUGUCGUCACUGAACCCAGAAACUGAACAGUCAACUGAAAUUGGAGCAAUUAAUAUAAUCGAUGAUUCUAUGAAUAGUUCAAUUGUUGUUGAGACCGCAGAUAACGCAGAUCCAACAAACAAUGUUAAUAAUAACGGAAAUGAGGAUCCCAACGAAACAAACACAAUUAAUAUUUCUUUUAAGGAAUUACCUAAUGUGGAACUCCAAGAUUCGAUGAUUAACUUAGACAUGUUAGAGUCUCUUCCAGAAACAAACAAAGAUAGCGAUAUCGUUACGCUUAUUACACAGGACAGUAAUGAGUUCACAAAAGAAAACUCUUUAAAACAUGACAGUCUUAAUGCUAUGGACUCGAACAGUACUGUUGAUUUACCUCAAGUUACUAAACAAUAUUCUGAAUCGAAUGUAUCUGUAGCUGAUCAGCGUCAGCAUGGCGACAAUGAAAUCAACGGUGAUUCAAUUGAAAAUAAGGACAAAGAGAAUAAUGUCAAUGGUAACCAAAGUUUUGAAAGAUCCAAGUUAGUGGAGUCGUCCUUGCAGAUCCUUGGUCAAGAUUCUAAUAUGGACUUGGAAACUGCUGCGGUAACGAUUCAAAAAGUUUUUCGGUCAUUUCUUUUUAAAAGCAGAGCGUCUACUUUUGACGAAACUGGAAAUGAUGAUGCUAUGUUUUUAAACGAAGAACUUGAUAAAAAUAAGGACGAAUGCGAUUUUCCUGUUGCAGGUUCUAUAAAUGAAAGAAGACCACACGGCCUUACUCGAAUGGAUACAGUCUUGCAAACAGUGAAUGAAGAAAAGUCCCUCUCUUUAUCUACUGACGACUCAUCUACGCUCUCUAGUGCUGCUACUGUUAUUCAAGCUCAUGUGAGAGGUUUCUUAGUUAGAAAUAAGCUUAAUUCAAAUAAGACCAUUUCUACAAAUUCCUUAGCUGCAAGUAAUUCAAACGAACCCUCCCUGACGUCAUUAGAAAUGGACAACGAACAAAAUAAGAAUAAAACUGUAUUGAAUAUUCAUAUUGUUCCUGAAGGAGGUAAUUAUUUAAGUAGAGACGAAAGUCUAAUCACUUCAAUGGACUUGUCUCUAGACAGCAGUCCCCCAUCAUCUAUUAACCUGCAUCCCUUGGGUUACGAUAAAAGUGAGAGACGCAAGCAGUUAAAACGAGAAGACGCCAUACAAUCAAUUUCUCCGCCAAGUAAUAACAGUGGCAAAUUAAGCGAAGAUGUUGAUUCCGUAAAAGAAUUGCCACUCAAUGAUCACGAAGUAACGGAAGAACAUAAGUCGGAGGAUAUUUCCGUGAAAGACGAUUUACAGGAAGAGGAAGUAGCGUCCGAAAAUGUUAAAGUACCCUCAGAUGCAAAUGAUGCGACAGAAGCCAAAACUACAGAGGAAAAACAACAAUCAUUGGUACGAACGAAUUCUGAUGAAAUGGAUGUAGUGACACCUUUUCGUAAUGAAGACAACACAAAACUGAUGCACUCUGGAGAGUUCCAUGACGCUGUGCUACCGACUAAGGUGUCGCGCAGUGACACAUCAGUCGCCAGUGGUGAGUGAAGACAUCUAUUAUCAGAGUUCAAGAACGUACUGGUGUAUUUCUUGCUUUGGAAUAAUUCAUAGCAUGUAAGAUUUUCUUUUUAUGUAGUAUUUAAUUAUCACUGUAAUGUUAUUUCAUUAUUACAUUAAAAAUACACAAUUUUGACAAGUU